AAUCGCCAGCGUCCUGCGACGAAAAACACCAGGCGACCAUCGACCCGCGAGAGAGCAUCACGAAGCAGACCCUGCCUGACGUGCUCCGGCGAGCGCAGAACCUCAGCGGCAGGGACGUGUGGCAGAGCCGGACUCGCACCAAUUGCUUCGUGCGAUUGAAGGUAGAACUCCGUUGAAGGAAUCAGAAGCUCCAACGUCUAGGAGCAGGGUUCGACCCUCGCUGACAGAACCGAAUUGCUGCCAAAAUUCCUCCGUGGAGUAGGUAAGUCGAAUCUAGGCAUUAGAUUCGCCCAGGUACACAACUCUUUAUCCCUUUGCUUUCGUAGCAUUUUGUAGGGUUGUUUAAUUCCGCUGCAUUAUUUCCGAUUGCCUAAUUCCAGUAGUUUGUGCUCGUGUGAAAGAACAACGGGAUUGAGUAAGCAAUUUUUUGCUAACAUAAUAAUCUUGAGUUGUUCGUGCGAUUGCUUCACACACAAACAGACUAUAAAGAAAAAAGAGUUGAAAUGAAUGAAAUUGCUUGUUCCAUAAUUUACUUAAACUUAACUGACUGUGUGAUCAGAAAAGUUGGUAUUUUGGAAUGUGCUAAAGAUCUUUGGAAUAAACUUGAUGAACUUUAUACUGAAACUUCUUUGCCAAAUAAGAUUUUCUUGCUUGAAAAAUUUUUCAAGUUUAGAUUGGAUAUGUCUAAAGACAUAGAAGAAAAUCUAGAUGUUUUCACCAAACUGAUUUCUGAUAUUAAAUUAACCGGUGAUAAACAUAUUGAUGACUACACCCCUAUUGCUCUUUUGAAUGCUAUUCCUGAUUCCUACAGUGAUGUUAAAUCUGCAAUUAAAUAUGAGUUCGGCUCUUCGUGAGUUAUUUUUGGCAUGCUUUGUGAUGUUGCCUAGUCUUCGUGACUUGAGAGUACUUAGUGAACUCUCCACCAUUACGUGUGUUCUCAUUUGUUGAUUACACAUUUAGUGGUUAUUAGGCUAUGAUGAGUCCCGCGGUUCCUUGUCAAACUAUGUGCACUACUUUGGGCCAAAAGUGGAGAUUGUUAAUUUAUUUGGGUUGGCCCAAACAUAUUAAUAAUAUUUGACACCCAACCCAGCAGCCCAUUUACUCAAGCCCAAUCUAUACUCCUUAACCUAAUUAAGCUUGCCUUAAUUACCACCCUAAUCUCCACUAUAUAUUGAGGGGCUGCCUUUGUGUUUCUUCACCGUACAAAAACUCCUUUUCUCUCUUUGUGAGACUUCCGUGUGGGUUUCUUUCUUCCUUUGUGAGUUGAUCUCAGUUCUUCUCUGUUUCUUUGUGAGUGGAGUGUGGCGAGGUUGGGUUGGGGUGUUGCUCCUUUUGGUACCCUUGUAGUGCACAACUACGGACCGAAUUUUACGGGUGACCUGAGCCUAAUCGGAAUAAAUAAAUACACACAACACAUCGCAAUCAAACACACAAGAUUUUUUUUAAGAAACUGCAAAAAAGAAAAAAAAGGAAUGAAUUGCGAAAUUUAUGAAGAAAAAUUUUAAGAAACUUGUUGUACUCUGUGGUGAUCUUGGUAGAUGUCGAUCUGAGUGAAUAACCGUAGAGUUUGAGCGGCGUAGUUUUGUAAAGAAGGUAAGCGCUACAUACAUGGGAAGAGAAUAAUUCAACUCUUAAAACUAAGGAAGUGAGUGAAAUUAUUAAAAAGGUAUAGUUGGAAUCCCUUCACGCUCGAACUUCCAUUUAAGUCAAAAAAUUAAAGUUAUUUAUGUAAUAUUGGUGGUUUUAAAGUGAUACGUAGGGAGAUUUCUUAAAUGUGAAAGAAGAUUUACAUUUUACAUGUGUACUCUAUAACCAAAAAAGAAUAACUCUAAAUUGUCAAACAAUAUAACUUGGUGUCUAUAAUUGAUGAGGUUCAUCCUUUUUUUAAUAAUUAAAACCUCUGUCUCAGUGUAGUUGUUCAAUUUGAAUUUUUUGAGUCAACUGGACAAAUUUUGAAUUUUAAUUUAUAUUGCAUAUUAGUACAAUAAAAUAAAAUUUUGAAAAUUCUCAUCAAAAUAAAUCUAAUAAGAGGUGACAAUAACAUUUUAUUUUAUCAAAUAUUUAAUCAAAACAUGUAAAUAAAUAAAAGUUUAUGUGAUUU